AUGGCAAAUAAGGGUGAAGUUAAUCAAAAAGUGAAUCCUAUAAAAGUUCCACUUGAAACUGACCAGGGGAUUUUACAGAGCGAAGAACGAAAAUGGGGUCUACCUCUAAAAGAAGUUUAUAAGCAUGGACUCUUCUUCUACAAAGAUAAAGAAGGCAAAGCCAUGCAUCUAAGUUAUGAAGACAGGCUUAAACUAGUAGCAUAUACACAGCAAGCGGCUCAUGGGCCUCUUGACUCAAACUCAGCACCUCCACUUGGUGUACUAGAUGUUAUUGGUCGAGAUCGGAGAGGUGCCUGGCAGGCUCUGGGUCAAAUGUCACAGAUUCAAGCAAUGGCUGGAUUCAUACACACACUAGAUAGAUUAUGUCCUCUUUUUAAGCCAUAUUUAGAGGCAAUACAAAAGGACUUGGAGAACAAGAAACAACAAGGGCUAAAAAAGGCAGAGGAGGAAAAAGCUCAUAUGGAACUGCAAAAUAGAAUAAUUCUUGAAAAACAAAAACAAGAGAAUUCAAAUAUAACCGAGGAACAACAAGUACAAAGGAUAAAAGAUGCAUUAAAUGUCCAAACCUAUCAGCAGUUCUUUGAAUACGCUCAGCAGCAAUUCCCUGGCAACUGCGACCAGCAGGCAAUCCUGAUCAGACAAUUGCAGGAUCAACAUUACCAGCAGUACAUACAACAGCUAGCUGUUGAUCAGAGACUUGCAAACUCGAAUCUUAAAUACAAAGUUGAGUCUGACGAGGAAAAUGAUAAUGAGAAAGAGGAAAUAGAUUGCAAUUUGAACGAUAGCAAACCAGCUCUGAUGGAUAACAACAGAUCUAUGCAGACGUCAGACAAGAUUGAUUUGAAUGACUAUAAUGAGGAAUCACGUGAUGAGGAGGCUGAGGAAUCUGAUGGAGAUGAUUUGAUACCAUCAGUAGAAGAGGUCCGGAUGUGGACCCGUGAUGACAUAGUCCAGUUCAAGGAAUCUGCCCGCGCCAGUGGUGGCAAACUCACCGUGGGCCACGGAGAGACUAUCACUGUGAGAGUGCCCACUCAUUACCGAGCUAGGUGUAUUUGUUACGAAUUUGCUACUGACAGCUACGAUAUAGGUUUCGGCCUGUACUUCGAGUGGAGCAAGUCCGCUACAUCGGAGGUUACGGUGCACGUCGCCGAGAGCGAUGACGAAGACAACAACGAUGAUGACAACGACGACAACGACGACGAAGAAUAUACGAUGAACGAAACAACAGAUCCGGAGCUUGGUGACGAGAGACGCGGUCCAAGCAACGCUCGACCGCCGGUCAGCUUAGUCGUACCGAUAUUUAGGCGGGACUGCCAUACCCAGGUUUAUGCCGGUUCCCAUACUUAUCCAGGAGAGGGCGUAUAUUUAUUAAAAUUCGAUAACACUUACAGCCUGUGGCGAUCCAAAACUCUAUAUUAUAAAGUAUAUUAUACACAAUAGAUUAUUAGAUACAUGAAUAAUAU